GGCGGGCCUGUGCGCAGCGGCGGCGGUGGCGGCGGUAGUAGCGGCGGGAGCCAGUGGCGGCGGAGCGGAAGCCCCGGCACAGCGGCGGCGGCAGCCCCGGCACAGCGGCGGCGGCGGCGGCGGGAGCGGCGCCCGAGCCCGGCGCGCACCCACCAUCAUGCCGACAGUCGCGGAGCUUUACCGUAACUACGGCAUUCUGGCCGACGCCACGGAGCAAGUGGGACAGCACAAAGAUGCCUAUCAGGUGAUCUUAGAUGGUGUGAAAGGAGGCACCAAGGAAAAAAGAUUAGCAGCACAGUUUAUUCCAAAAUUCUUCAGUCAUUUCCCUGAAUUGGCCGAUUCUGCUAUUAAUGCACAACUCGAUCUUUGUGAAGAUGAAGAUGUGUCAAUCAGACGACAAGCGAUUAAAGAACUCCCUCAGUUUGCUACAGGAGAGAACCUUCCCCGAGUGGCAGACAUUCUGACCCAGCUUCUGCAAACAGAUGAUUCGGCAGAAUUUAGUCUGGUGAACAAUGCCCUGCUGAGUAUAUUUAAGAUGGACGCCAAAGGGACUUUGGGGGGCUUGUUCAGCCAAAUUCUUCAAGGGGAAGACAUUGUCCGAGAACGAGCAAUCAAAUUCCUUUCUACAAAACUUAAGACUUUGGCAGAUGAAGUCUUAACAAAGGAAGUAGAAGAACUUAUAUUAACUGAGUCUAAGAAGGUCCUUGAAGAUGUGACAGGUGAGGAAUUUGUCCUCUUCAUGAAGAUACUCUCUGGGUUAAAAAGUUUACAGACAGUCAGUGGAAGGCAGCAGCUCGUUGAAUUAGUGGCUGAACAAGCUGAUUUGGAGCAAACUUUCAACCCAGCAGAUCCAGACUGUGUGGACAGACUUUUACAGUGCACAAGACAGGCAGUACCACUCUUCUCUAAAAAUGUUCAUUCCACAAGGUUCGUGACUUAUUUCUGUGAACAUGUUCUGCCCAAUCUUGGCUCUUUGACUACCCCAGUGGAAGGCCUUGAUAUACAGUUAGAGGUAUUGAAACUACUUGCAGAGAUGAGUUCAUUUUGUGGUGACAUGGAAAAAUUAGAAACAAAUUUAAAGAAACUAUUUGAUAAAUUGUUGGAAUACAUGCCGCUCCCUCCCGAAGAAGCUGAAAAUGGAGAAAAUGCUGGCAAUGAAGAGCCCAAGUUGCAGUUCAGCUACGUGGAGUGUUUGUUGUACAGUUUUCACCAGCUGGGCCGAAAACUUCCAGAUUUUUUGACAGCUAAGCUGAAUGCAGAAAAACUGAAAGACUUCAAAAUCAGGCUGCAGUACUUUGCCAGAGGUUUACAGGUUUAUAUCAGACAACUUCGUUUGGCUCUUCAGGGGAAAACAGGUGAAGCCUUAAAAACAGAAGAGAACAAAAUUAAAGUCGUAGCUUUGAAAAUAACGAACAACAUCAAUGUUUUAAUCAAGGAUCUCUUUCACAUUCCUCCUUCUUACAAGAGCACAGUGACAUUGUCUUGGAAACCUGUACAGAAGGCUGAGAUGGGUCAAAAGAGGACAAAUGAAGAUACAAGUUCAGGUUCACCACCCAAAAAAGCUGCAGCAGGACCAAAACGAGAUGCUAGACAAAUAUAUAAUCCUCCUAGUGGAAAAUACAGCAGCAAUCUGGGCAACUUUAAUUAUGAGCAGAGAGGGGGCUUCAGGGGAAGUAGAGGUGGCCGAGGUUGGGGAGGACGAGGAAAUCGUAGUCGGGGAAGACUCUACUGAAUACAUCACAUUCUUCAGCGCUGUCACAAGCUUAAAACACUCUUAAACUACCACUCAUUGGGUUGCUGGGAAUAGCCCUUUAAAGACUGCUGCCUUCAGGUAAAGACUUCAAUGUUCUUUAUACCUUUGUAUGUCUUGAUCUACUUUUCUAACGGAAUACAGACGUGUCCAAGGAGAAAUCACAGCUGUAUUUUUGGAUGCUUUGUCAGCAAUCUUGCAGUGUUUUUUGUUUGUUUUGUUUUGCUUUUUUUUUUUGCAGUGUCUUCAGGGUUUAUUCAGACUUGGAAACUACAAUGUAUGUGGUUUCCCUUAAAACAUCUUGACAGUUUAUAUAUUAACCGGAGAGCUGUUUGUGGCUAAAACAUGUAAUACAAUGUAGAGUCUGCUUUGAUAAGUGAUAGAAGGGGUCAUUCAUGAAGGCUCACAUCAGUUAUGAUGUGUUAGUGGUUUUCCUCUCCCCUCCAUCCUCCUUCCACCCAAUAUAUGGAGAAGAGUGUAAUAUUCAAUGGUCACGUCCUUUUUGCUUUUAUUUCUUUCAACUGAGCUGCCAGGCACUAAUGCAGCCCUACUGAUUUCUGUGUCACAAAAGGAAAAAUAUUUACCAGCUUUUUCUUAAAUGCAGACAUUGAUUUACUUAAUAAACUCUGGGAAUGACAUUAAUGGGGCAAAGUAAGUUGCUUUUAUACUGCUUACAUAAAAUAACUCUUCUCCAUGUGUUGUGAUGCAAACUUGUUUGGAAUAUAGGGUUUUAAUGUUCAGUAUAAAAAUAUAUGUGUGCACAUAUAUAUAUAUAUGCUGUGAAACUUUAUUAUACAAAACAAAUCAAUAAAAAGGAGAAGCACUCCAGGAAUGGGUAGUCUGAUGCAGUGAUUGUCCUCUUUGGAGUAAAUUGGUCAACUUUCCCCCCAGCCAGUGAUGGGUUUUGAGUCAGUUUGCAUUUAACAUUAUUGUUAUUUAAAAAUAAAGACACAUAAAGGCUAUAUACACAAAAAUAAACCAUAUUUUGGAGCACUGUUUUGGAAAUUUUUAACCAAAAAUUAAAUCUGACUUUAAUAGCGUCCUUCACGUUAGGGGUGGUAUCACCUAGUAUUCUGUUGACCAGAGCUUCCCUGGAAAAAAUUAUUUCAAGAAUGGAGAAUGAGGAAAAGAUGCUUGCUUAGUUUUGCUUUGCCACUUUUGGAAUCUCUAACUUCUCAGGUUAAUCAAAAUUCAAAUUAAAUAGCUUAGAACAGUGGAUGAAGCAAAUCUUCAAGUUGGAGAAGUUUUCAGAUGGCAUCGGUAUUUUUAAUAGCAUAGCUUUUUCAUAAUUUGGGGUUCAGAAGUUAGUAUCUCCUCCCCUAGCUUUCACUCCCAAAUCAAAUGCCUGGAUGACAUUUUCUAGGUGUUUUCAUGUCUCUGUGGGGAAUAGCUUAUGAUUCCAAUGCAGGUGUCUUCAUUAAUGUUCAUUAUUGUGCUUUAGUAGUUAACACUGCAUUGAGGAAAAAGCAGAACCCCCACACUGGUACUGCUGCACAUUCUCAUGGGAAAAAAAAAUAUUUUUUAAAGGCUAAAAUAAUGAUAACAAGUGAGCAGGGUGAUUAAUCAUUUUGGAGUGGUGGCAAUAAUAUUCAAACAUUCCAUAAGCUUCUGAAUUGAACCUAAGCUCUCUUGGAAUCUGGACAAACAUAGGAAUAGAUAGUUGCCAUUGAGAAGCAUGUGGCCAGCUAGUCUGGCCUUUGGAUUUCAGACCAGCAGGUAGCCUGAAGGCCACUUUGAAUGUAGAAACUGUAUUGGGACUACAGCUUUGUAAAUGUGGACAUUAUUAUUCUUACUUUCCUCUAUUCAUUUGAAGUACAUGUUUAGAUCUUUAGAACUGGGCAGAAAUGAUUUUGCUCAUUGAUUGUUGGUUUGACUGUCUUCCUCUAUUCUCCUAUACCACUACUACUAUUUCCCUACUUGUUAGUCCUUCCAAAGGCAAUAGUGUUCAUUAUCGGAGGGUUAUUUUUGCUCCAAAAUUGAAAAUGAAAACUUCACAUGCUGAUUCUUUCCUUUUUUAAAGACACCUGUUUAUCACCUUGUUCAAAUGUAAAUGUUCCCCUAUGCUUUUGGAAUAAACUCAUUUUGUAAUUUU